AUGACAUUGUUCCUUUUUGUCUUGUGCUGUUUUAUUGUUGCUACUGAAUUGUUGAUUCGUUUUUCAGUUUAUACUAGCAAGCAAGAAAUUCACAGAAGAUCUGCUCGAUUAAGGAACACAAAAUAUAAGUCUGCUCCUGCUGCUGAGAAAAAGGUUUCCACUAAAGGGAAAGGGAGAAGGCAUAUAUUUAAAUUAAAAAAUCCCAUCAAAGCACCAGAAUCUGUAGCCACCAUAAUUACAGCAGAAUCUAUCUUCUAUAAGGGAAUAUACUAUCAAAUUGGAGAUGUUGUUUCAGUGAUUGAUGAGCAGGAUGGUAAAACAUAUUAUGCUCAGAUUAGAGGUUUUAUUCAAGACCAAUACUGUGAAAAAAGUGCAGCUUUAACAUGGCUCAUUCCUACUACAGCAAGCCCAAAAGACUAUUUUGAUCCUGCAACUUACAUAAUAGGACCAGAAGAAGAUCUUCCCAGAAAAAUUGAAUACUUGGAAUUUGUCUGUCAUGCACCUUCAGAAUAUUUCAAAUCUCGAUCAACUCCUUUUCCUACAAUUCCUACUAGGCCAGAAAAAGGUUAUAUCUGGACUCAUGUUGGACCUACUCCAGCAAUUUCAAUCAAGGAAACUAUUGCCAGCAGCUUGUAGUAUCUCUUCAGAAAAGGUUUUUAUUUAUAUUUUAAAUUACCCAGCUGACUUCUAUUUAUUGUUUACAUCUCUGUGCCUUUGUCAAUUUCUUUUCAUUUUUGAAACUGUAUUUUCUUUCUCAGAAAAAAAAUGUGAUUUAAUCUAGGGAAAUGGGUAUUUUUAAUUAUCUCUGCUGUGUUAGAACUAUACUCUUACAUUAGGAUACUGCAUACAGUAAUUCAUAUUUAGUUUGGUCAUGGGGUGGGGGUGUGGAGAAAGACAUUCAUUAAAAAUUGAGCUGGAAUUACAGCAAAAUGGAGGAAAAACGAUGCAAAUAUAUCAAAACACUGUUUGAAAAACACUGGAAAAAAAUUGAAUACAUUUCCAAUGUUGUAUAUGUUCUGUGCUAUCCAGAAAAAGGUACAAAGUCUCCUUUAGAUAAAACCUAAGGUGAUUUUAAGAAAUGAAGGUUCAGCUGUAAAACAGUUUCGGUGGAAAAUCAUCUGUUCCAACAUGACUCCAUUAUAACAGGCAUUCUUUUUGUUUGGAUGAUGACUUAUGCCAUAACCGUAAUGUGGAUUCCUGAACCAAUUUAUUGGUCUUGUUAUAUAUUAAAGGAUAUCUCAUUGAUUCA